CUGGUGGGGGUGGGGCUUCUCUCCACUUCCUAUUUCUGGGCGGGGGGCGUGGCCCGGUGUGGAGGUUGUUGAUGCUGUUGGGGAUCCUGCUGGUGCUGCCCCCCCAGAACCCCUUCCAGCACCGCCAUGAGCCUGCAGUGGACUGCUGUGGCCACCUUCCUCUAUGCUGAGGUCUUUGCUGUGCUGCUGCUCUGUGUUCCCUUCAUCUCUGCAACCAGGUGGCAGAAAAUCUUCAGGUCCCGCUUAGUGAGGGCCGUGGUGACCUAUGGGAACACCUUCUUCGUAGUUCUCAUUGUAAUCCUCAUUCUGCUUCUAAUUGAUGCAGUGCGGGAGAUCCGCAAGUAUGACGAGGUGCCCGAGAAGGUCUCUCUCCAGCACAGCCCAGGAGCACUAGAGCACGUGCACAUGAAGCUCUUCCGUGCCCAGCGCAACCUUUAUCUGGCUGGCUUUGCUCUGCUGCUCUCUUUCCUACUGCGGCGCUUGGUGACACUGCUGUCCCAGCAGGCCUCACUCCAGGCCUCCAAUGAGGCCUUCAGGAAACAGGCGGAAGGGGCCAGCGAAGCAGCCAAGCGCUACAUGGAGGACAAUGACUGUCUCAAGAAGCAGCUGAAGCUGGCCGGCGUGGAUGUAGCUGAGCUGCCCCCCAAGGAUGUGGGGGCCCAGGAGGAGAAUGAGACUCUCAAGGUCAAAGUGCAGAAGCUCAAGGAUGAGCUGGCAACCAGCAAACGCACCCUGGAGAAGGCAGAGAACGAGGUCCAGGCCAUGCGGUGCCAGGCUGAGGGGCUGACCAAGGAGUAUGACCGGCUGCUGGAGGAGCAUGCCAAGCUGCAGGCCGAGCACUCUGGACCCAAGGACAAGAAGGAAGAGUGAGCACUUCCCUUGCUGCUGUGUGUGGGCCUGCUGCACACCCUGCCUUCUCCAUGUCAUCACCACCCCCCUCUGGGUCCUGGGGAGCUCCAUCUAUCACAGCCUUGCCCCUCCCCCUUCUUAGUUUGUGGGGGGAGAGCUGCUCUGUACAGGAGUUGGGGGAGCCUGGUUUCCCCUUCUCCCCUGUGGGCUUGUGUCCUCCCCCCCUGGGAUUUUUUUUUUUUUUUUUUUUUUUAACAGCAUCAGUGCUUUUGGCUUCAAUAAAGGACAUGGGAACCAGG